GUCCCAGCAUGGCCGAGCCGCUGCUCAGGAAAACCUUCUCCCGCCUGCGGGGUCGGGAGAAACUGCCCCGAAAAAAGUCCGACGCCAAAGAGCGCGGCCGCCCUGCUCAGCGCCCAGAGCCCAGCCCUCCAGAGCCAGAGCCCCAGGCCAUUGAAGGGCCCAAGGCAGGAGCAGAGGGGCCUCCCAGCGCUGAGGCAUCUCAGAGCCCAGCCCGGGGGGCCUACCUGCAAAGCCUGGAGCCCAGCAGCCGAAGAUGGGUGCUGGGUGGAGCCAAGCCACCGGAGGAGGCUGCUUUGGGGCCCAGAACACCUAGUGGUGGGGAGCCUGCUGGUGAGAUCUGGUACAACCCUAUCCCUGAGGAUGACCCCAGACCCCCAGCAUCUGAGACCCUGGGGCCACAACCAAGCGUGGCUGAGCCAGAGGGCGCCACCCCCCAAGGCGCAGCCCCUGCCAGUCCCCCAACCAAAGCCUCCCGCACCAAGUCCCCUGGCCCUGCCCGGCGCCUCUCUAUGAAGAUGAAGAAGUUGCCAGAGCUGAGGCGUCGCCUGAGCCUGAGAGGCACUCGGGCAGGCCGGGAACGGGAACGGGAGAGAGCAGCCCCAGAGGGCUCUGUCAUCAGCCGCUAUCACCUGGACAGCAGUGUGGGGACCCCUGGGCGGGCAGCAGUGACUGGGGGCACUCGGAGCCCUCGGGCUGGGUACCUCAGUGAUGGUGACUCACCUGAGCGUCCAGUGGGGCCCCCAUCACCCACUGCCUUCCGACCCUAUGAGGUGGGCCCAGCAGCACGGGCGCCCCCCGCUGCACUCUGGGGCCGCCUCAGCCUGCACCUCUAUGGGCUUGGGGGACUGCGGCCAGCCCCAGGGGCCACCCCGAGAGACCUCUGCUGCCUGCUGCAAGUGGAUGGGGUGGCCCGGGCCCGCACAGGGCCUCUGCGAGGAGGGCCAGACUUCCUGAGGCUGGACCACACCUUCCACCUGGAGCUGGAGGCCGCCCGGCUACUGAGGGCCCUGGUGCUUGCAUGGGACCCUGGUGUGAGGCGGCACCGGGCCUGUGCCCAGGGCACUGUGCUGCUGCCCACAGUCUUCCGAGGGUGCCAGGCCCAGCAACUGGCCGUUCGUCUGGAGCCCCAGGGGCUGCUGUAUGCCAAGCUGACCCUGUCAGAGCAGCAGGAAGCACCCACCAAAGUGGAGCCCCGGGUCUUUGGACUGCCACUGCCACUGCUAGUGGAGCGGGAGCAGCCCCCUGGCCAGGUGCCUCUCAUCAUCCAGAAGUGUGUUGGGCAGAUCGAGCACCGAGGGCUGCGGGUGGUGGGGCUGUACCGUCUGUGUGGCUCUGCCGCAGUGAAGAAAGAGCUUCGCGAUGCCUUUGAGCGGGAUAGUGCAGCCGUCUGCCUCUCCGAGGACCUUUACCCCGAUAUCAAUGUCAUCACGGGCAUCCUCAAGGAUUACCUUCGAGAGCUUCCCACUCCACUCAUCACCCAGCCCCUCUACCAGGUGGUGCUGGAGGCCAUGGCCCAAGGGCCCCCAAGCAGAGCUCCCCCAGGUCCUGAUGGCACCCGAGGGCUCCUCGGCUGCCUACCAGAUGUGGAAAGGGCUACGCUGACCCUUCUCCUGGACCACCUGCGCCUGGUCUCCUCCUUCCAUGCCCACAACCGCAUGACCCCGCAGAACCUGGCCGUGUGCUUUGGACCCGUACUGCUGCCCGCACGCCAGGCCCCCGCCCGGUCCCGCAUCCGUGGCUCUGGCCCAAGUGUCACCAGCGCAGUGGACUUCAAGCGCCACAUCGAAGUGCUGCAUUACCUGCUGCAGUCUUGGCCAGAUCCUCGCCGACCCCCAGAGACUCCUGACGUCGCACCUUACUUGCGGCCGAAACGACAGCCGUCGCUGCGCUUGCCGCUAGCGGGCUCCGAAGUGGUGACUCGACCCCGGGGACGCGAAGGCCCGGAGAGCCCCCCCAGUAACCGCUAUGCCGGCGACUGGAGUGUUUGUGGGCGGGACUUCCUACCAUGUGGGCGGGACUUUCUGACCGGGCCUGACUACGACCACGUGACUGGCAGCGACAGCGAAGAGGACGACGACGAGACUGGCGAGCAAAGGGGUACUGCAGACUUCGAGGAUGAAUUUGACGCGCCCUUCAACCCGCACCUGAAUCUCAAAGACUUUGACGCCCUCAUCUUGGACCUGGAGAGAGAGCUUUCCAAGCAGAUCAAUGUGUGCCUCUAGAGCCCGCAGAGCGGGGCAGGCAGGACCCUGGUUACUAAGGACCAGGUUCCGGUUGCUAAGGCAGUGCCCUAAUGACCUAGAAGGACCCCAGACUUGUUGCUCAGCGUGACCUCCUGGUUGCUAGGGAGUUGCCAAGGGACCAGUCUCCUGUGCUGACAAUCAUUCCUAGUUCUAGUGCCUAGUAUUUGGACACUAGUU